UGCUGUUCCAGAUUACAAUAUGCGCUUUGUUAGGCGCUAGGACACUGCUGGUAACUGGGUUUAUCCGACGUUUCACCACGUAGGACGAGUGGUGAAAAUAUAAGCAGCAGCGGCUUUACUGGUUCACACAUCCCGACAUGUCCGCGCGCAACCCCCACGCUGUUGCCAGACCUUUGCCUACCGCUGAUGAGCAUUACCAGCGGACGGUCAGCCGUAUCGCUCAAAUACAAUCUCAUCUGAACAGCCUGCCCCGCGCACAGCGGCUCAGGGAUAAGACUUGUAUCAUAACGGGAGUCGGUUCGUUACAUGGUAUAGGACGCGCAUCUGCCCUGCUAUUUGCGCGCGAAGGUGCCCGUCACCUCUACCUUUUAGACUUUUCCGCAGAGAAUUUGCCGGAGCUGGAGUCGACAAUCAGGGGCUUGUAUCCAGACGUCAAAGUUACCGUCAUCCAGGCGGACGCCGCUGAUGACACUGCUAUAUCUGCUGUCUGCGACCGAGCAAUCAAAGAAGAGGGUAGAUUGGAUGUGUUCUUCGCCAACGCUGGGAUUCUCAACAAUAAAGCACUUCAAGACUUGACGGCAGAUGCUUUCAUGGAGUCAAUUCGCGUGAAUUCGUUGUCAUGCUUCCUAGCGGUGAAGCAUGGAUCACGGGCAAUGAUGCAUGUUGAUCCCUCCAAGGGAAAGGCUCUAAGUGGAGGCAGUAUCAUAUUGACGGCUUCCGUGGCUGGUUUACGCUCGGGUGCUGGUACGAUUGACUAUAGCGCAAGCAAAGCUGCGGUAAAUUCGAUCGCGAAGACCGGCGCAUAUCAACUACAAAGGACCGACAUUCGCGUUAAUUCGAUCUGCCCUGGCCUGAUCGAAACAAACAUGACGAAAGACAUGUUCGACUUUGCUCGUCAGCGAGGCACUGGCGGCAAGCUGGGGCAACUAAAUCCACUUGGUCGGUACGGCGUUCCACAGGAAAUCGCUCAAACGGCCCUGUUCUUGGCAUCUGACGAGAGCAGUUAUGUCAAUGGACAGAAUAUCGCGAUCGACGGUGGCCUGUCUGCCUCCCUUCCUGUUAUUCCCGGACAUUGGGCUUGACCGUCGCAUUCCCGCGAUAUUAUGUGUUCUCAUAUUGGUGAAUUACUACCUCCGUUCAUGUACGAGUUGCGUAUCGAUAGCAGA